AUGGCUCUCGAUCAACAGCAACCGCAAGCGUCGCUUGAAAGUGAUGAGCAGAUCCAGAUUCAGGAGUACAAGGAGAGGGUCUUGUCUUCUUACCAGCGUCUGCAUGGAGAGAUCUAUUCUCUUGACCCAGCUAGUUUCUUCGUGCCUUCGUUUCUUAAAGCUGUAACUCCAAAUUCGGAGGAGAACUUGAAAAGCAUAAUGGUUCAAUCCGCUCCUGGGAUUUACACUUUUGAGAUGCUCCAGCCAAAAUUUUGUGAAAUGUUACUAGAAGAGGUUUUACAUAUUGAGAAAUGGGCCCACGAUUCGAAAUCCUUAAUAAGGAGACCCGGUACGUUGAAUACAUUUGGUGUUGUUCUUGAUGAUUUUGGCUUUGAAAGCAUGCUCCAAAAGUUGCUUGAGGACUUCAUAAGUCCUAUAUCUCAAGUUCUGUUCCCGGAAGUGUGUGGAUCCGGUUUAGAUUCUCACCAUGGCUAUGUUGUUGAGUAUGGAGAAUAUAGAGAAACUGAUCAUGUUGCGUACCAUAUGGAUGACUCAGAGGUUACUUUGAAUGUCUGCUUGGGUAAAGAUUUUUCUGGUGGAGAGCUGUACUUUAGAGGUGUUAGAUGUGCUAACCAUAUGGAUUCAGAAAUUGGUGAAGAGGAACAUUAUGAUUACCCUAACGUACCUGGUCAUGCCGUUCUUCAUCGUGGAAGUCACCGCCAUGGUGCUAAAGCUAUAACUAGUGGAAUACGAGCAAACUUGAUUAUGUGGUGUAGAAGCUCAACUUUUCGAGCAACUACAAGUUCUCGAAAAGAUUUCCCAAGAUGGUGCGCAAAAUGCAGAGUUGAUAGACACAAUAGCAAGCGGCCAGAAUAG